GGGGGGGGAACUCUCUCUCCUGCACCGCGGGGGUCUCCUUCUCUGCACCGGGCCCGGACUCCACCAUCACACCCUCCCUCUCUGCAGCCUCCAUCGGUCGCCAAACUGCAGCGAGUGCGGCGGUGGAGGGAGGAGAAGAGGAAGAGGAGGACACGAGAGGAGGUUUUGGAGGAAGAUCGCCGUGCCACCGUUUUGGUCCUGGAGGGGAGGAGCCAGUUGUUGAUCUCUACGCUGCAAAGACAAGGCGCCGCGCACAGCAGAGAGUGAGGGACUGCGACCAGUGAAGAAGACGCCCGGCAUGAUGAAGGACAGUCGGCCAGUUCAGGCCUCGUAGCUCAGACGAGGGAACUGCAGGGGAGGUGGAGGACAGAAAGGACACCGAGGAGACAAAGUGAACCACAUGACCAGAACUCGGACGGGCUCCAAAUCAGCGAUGUUCCCCUCGGGCGGGGAUUACCUCCUCCCCGCCGUCUCCCUCCCCAUCCCUCCGGCUCUUCCUCCCUCGCACGGCAGAGCACACGCCCAGUUCCAAGAGUCGUGAGAGCUCCCUGUGCUCACCCUCCCACACACACACACACACUUGUGCUUACUCUUUCUCCCUCUCUCUCUCUCCGACACCCACACACACACACACGUUUGUAUCCCGCUCAUGGUCGUUUGCCUGCCCUCCUCGGUUGCUUCUCCCGCUCCAGUCCCAGAUCAUGAAGAGGCCCAAGCAGCAGACGGGGCCACUGAGCUUCCUGAACUUCUUCAGCAGGAAGCCCAAAUCGGAGCCACGGCCCGAGAGGCCCGUGGAAGCGUGGCCCAAAGAGGAGGUGGCCAUCACCCUGACGCCCAGCGAGCACCCAGAGCAGGACCUCAGUGUCGCAGCAGACGAGGCUGGAGAAUCAAGAGUUUCUGGUGCCGAAAGAGGAGAAGAAGGAGGCGCAUCAGCAGCAGCCGAGGCCGGUGAGGAGGCCGCCGCCGCCACCGCCGAAUGUGCGUGCGGGGACACCAGGGGCUCCACCGGCGUCCUGUCCCUCUCCUCCUCCAGCCAGGAGCAGCUACUGGAUGAACAUCUGGAGGAGUGCCCGCUGUGCCUGCUCAGUCAACCGCGUUGCCACUUCCCGCGACUCAGCUCCUGCUCCCACCGGGCGUGCUCCGACUGCCUCCGCCAGUACCUGCGCAUUGAGAUCUCGGAGAGCCGGGUGGGCAUCGCGUGCCCGCAGUGCCCCGAGACACUGGCCCCGCUGGACGUGCGCUCCAUCCUGGACGACCAGGCGCUGCUGGAGCGGUUUGAGGAGUACCAGCUGAGGCGUUUUCUAGCUGCUGAUCCAGACACACGCUGGUGCCCUGCGCCUGACUGCAGCUACGCGGUGAUAGCUUACGGCUGCGCGGAGUGUCCCAAGCUGAGCUGCGGCCGCGAGGGAUGUGACACGGAGUUCUGCUACCACUGCCGGCAGCUGUGGCAUCCCAACCAGACGUGCGACCAGGCCCGGCGGCAGCGAGCCCGCCACACCUCAGGUGGCAACGAUGCCUCCACGCUGUACGUCUUCAAUGAAGAACCUGGAGGAGAUGCGGAGGAGAUCAAACCGUGCCCUCGCUGUGGCGCCUACAUCAUGAAGACCAAUGACGGCAGCUGUAACCGUAUGAACUGCACUGUGUGUGCCUGUCAGUUCUGCUGGCUGUGUAUGCAGGAGAUCACCGACGUGCACUACCUCAGUCCCUCAGGAUGUACAUUUUGGGGGAAGAAGCCAUGGUCACAAACCCGCAAGGUUCUGUGGCAGGUGGGCAUGUUGCUCGGAGCACCAGUGGUCAUCUCCCUUAUAGCGGGCAUCGCCAUCCCAGUCAUCAUUGUGGGCAUACCGAUCUACAUGGGCCGAAAGGUCCAUGGUCGCUGUAAGAAAAACAAUAUCUCAGGAAGCAAGCACUACUUGACUGUGGCAAGUGGGGUGAUGAUGUCAGUCUUUGUGUCGCCAGUCAUAGCAGCUGUCACUGUGGGUGUGGGUGUGCCGCUAAUGCUGACGUAUGUGUACGGGGUGGUCCCCAUGUCGCUCUGUAGGAACGGCUGGUGUCGACCGCAGAGUGAACCUCCUGAAACACAUAAAAUCCAACUGGAGGACCUAGCCAGCUAUCUUCUAUUCUCUCAUGUAGUCAGCGACCACUGGACGGGUCAGAAAAACCCGGCGCUCGGCGACACCAGCGUCCAGGAAGUUAGAGUCAGUAUACAGGAAGUGGGCGUCCUCCCGAGCACAAGCGCCGCGCCCCCAGAGCUAGAUAGCUAUGCGAGAUUGGAUGAAGCCACAAAACGCCAUGAAUACACCCAGCAGGACGGCCCGUCGGACUGCGAGGUGGUCAUCGUGCCUGAGAGUGAAGUCGACGACACACAAGCACUUCCUCUGAGGGAAGGAACCAAUAUUGAGGUCCGGGUAGAAAUCGAGUCCCAUCCCAGAGGCGCCCGCCAGUCCAGCCUCAGUAGCAUCCUGUCCAGCCGAAGCUUGUCAGCGGAGUCCCUGGGACA